UUUCUUUUGUUUAACACUGCGGUACCGGAAUAAUAGAUGUCUUUUGGGUUGUAGCAUCGUGUAAUGCUGCUUCCACCUUCAGUUCAAUGACGUAUUAAAAGCGGCUUUUAAUCAUCUACCAGACUGCACCUCACUAUAUCUACGCUGCAACCCAGAAGACAGCCAUCUUACAUCAAGAUAUUAAUAGCAUUUCAGAAAUUUAUCGCAUUGUAUCUGCUUCAUCAGUAUGUAUAACACCAUAUAAAGAUUGUGACAUUGCCUGAAUUGACUGAAUUGGACAGAGCCACAGCAUUAAUGACUGAGAAUAGAGGAGAUGGUUCAGGAUCGGGGACCGAAUCUGAUUCAGAUGACACAAUACCAGAGCUUGAGGAGCCUGGAACUGGCCAGACUUCUGGUGUCUUCCCAGGAGCUACUGCAGCUGGAUUGCCCAUGGAUAUGGUCAGCAAAGCUAAGCAGAGUAGUGGUGAGAAGAAAGCCUGCAAGAUUAUGUCAAAGUUAGGACUGAAACCAAUUGAAGACUUGAAUCAACAAGCGCAGGUGGCAGCUGCAGAGAAAUUUAAGGCUCCAGAAGUUUCACAAGCAGCUGAGGCAGGAGGCAGCACAGCGGUGACCCCGGCCACGACCCUAUACGACGGAGUUCUUCCCAUGUACAAGAAGAGACGUGGUUCAAGUGCAUUGCACAGAGAAUUGUACGUCAUCAGAGUGGCUUCGUUCCUCUUCGCGCAGGGCCUCUAUAAGUCGGAGGAAUUCCAUCUGGCUUCAAACGUCGACUUCGCUGAGGACUUUGAUGACGUGGUAUUUAAGUAUAGAUUGAAAGGACAGGAUAUUUGUAAGACGUGUUUCAUACAGCUUAAACAUAAGGAAACCAAAAAUUUUGCAAUUCCGCGCACCAGCCUCUUACACCUGUCUGGAGAUUUCAGUUUGUUAAAAUAUUUUGCAUCAUACUGUCAAAUUAAACGAAACGUUUCUAAAGACAGUAAUCUGAAAAUGUAUGGUUCAUUUGUUGACUUCGAGUUUAUAAUUUACACUAAUGCCAGGCUGAAUAGCAAACGUGUACAUGGAGACGACAGUGGUCCAUUAAGCAUAUUGAGAUCAGGGCCAAAUAACGGGAAAUAUGUAACUUUCAAUGAGAGAAAUGAUGAAGAUAUUUUCCACUUCUUUAAAAAACUGAAACAGUAUUAUAGAUUACCUCCGGAACUCAAAUAUCUGGAGACCUGUGAUUUUUCAUUAGACGAAGAAUUCUUGCAGAAAGUGAAAAUAUUUCAGUGCCAGGCAAAUGAAAGUUCCUUGGAGAAAUUAAUUAAGAAAAAGCUUGAGAAAGCUUUUCAUACAUCAUCUUCAGGCAUAAAUUCCAUCUACGAAAAGCUUGAAAGAUAUGUGACUCAGUGGUGGAAACAAAAUCCCAAAGCAAAUUGGCUCAGUGAAAGUUCGCGUUUCUGGCAAACAAUCAGACAGCAUUGGAUUCAGAAGAUAAAGGAAUUAUCGAAAAUAGACGUUCAAGAAUCCAUUGAAUAUGGCAUGAGAUUCACUGAACAACAUGUGCAACCACUGUCUGAAGCCUUGCAAUGCAACAAAUUAUUAAAAGUCAUUACCAAAAAAAAUUGUGGCACUUUAUCCAAAUUGAAAAUAUAUCAGGCUCUUAAUUCUUUAGGCCAAGAAAAUUCAUUAUUUAUUAGUUUAAAAACUUUAAUGGAUCCAUGUGUAGAGAUUCUUGAAUUCUGGCCAUGCAAGUGGAGUUCUGUCUUGGUCAUUGACUGUAAGGAAGGAUCUGAUGAUGAAAAAAUUUUGGCCAAAAUUUUUACUGGCAUAUUGGAUCUUUCUCACAAAAAGUGUGUUGUAAUUUCACGACAUAAACACCCACAUUUGGCUUUUCAAUUUCAACAGAAACCAGUAAAAGUGUACGCGGAAUACGAAGAUGAAUGCAAUUUCUUUGACUUGGAUAAUAUAUCACAGGAAAUUGUAUUGAAAAGAACUGUUGAUUUAUAAGGAAUGGAGGUCCCUUUAGAGGCACUGAUAGAUAAAGACCCUCUUGAAGAUAUAAAGCAGAGUAUAAACUUACAAGUAUUGUGUUUAUUGUUGGGCAGGGAACAGAAUAUGUCUAUUGGUAG